GGUGUGAACGUGCCUUCUUCUCUAACAUGGCCGGGUGGACCGCAUAAGAUUUUACUGUAGAUUUUAAGAGAAUAGCCAGUGACCUUUGGUCUAAAAUGGUUUCCUUUCGCGUUCUCCCCAUCCAUAUCCGUAUGGGCUCUAACCCUACUACUCCUACCCAAGCUCUACACAAACUCUCCUUCGAGGACUUUUCAUAACAGAGGACGCGCCGAAGCGGUUCUCCUAAGAUAGAGGCGGCGAGUAAAGUUGCUCAAUUUAACCCUAGGCCGCCUGAGUCAUGUGACAGAGAGAGUAACCGUCCGGCCAUCGACGCUUUUUUCCGAUAAGAUGGAAUCUCCGGCGUUCCGCAACCUCUCCGACCGACGCGUGGCCACCAAUUCCAAAUCUCCGGCCACCACCAAAUGGUUCAGGGAAUGGGUUCCGCAAGAUGUUGUAGCAACAGGUGGAAAGUGCUUGCUCUUAAAAUGGGUUAAUGAGGCCACUUUGAAAGCAUUAAAGGAGACAAAGGAGAGAGAAGUUGCAAAACCUGAGCCAGAACCAGCUACUGAUGUUCUAUUCCUUUGCAGUUAUGAAGGUUGUGGAAAAACAUUCAUUGAUGCCGGGGCCCUAAGGAAACAUUCUCACAUCCAUGGAGAGAGACAAUAUGUCUGUCACUAUGAGAACUGUGGAAGGAAAUUUUUGGAUAGCUCAAAGUUGAAGAGACACUUUCUUAUUCAUACUGGGGAGCGAAAAUAUAUGUGUCCACAUGAGGGCUGUGGCAAGGCUUUCUCGUUAGAUUUCAACCUAAAAUCACAUAUGAAGACGCAUUCACAAGAAAAUUACCAUAUAUGCCCUUACACGGAAUGUGGAAAGCGAUUUGCACAUGAAUACAAGCUCAAAAAUCACAUAGCAUCUGCUCAUCACAAGAUGACCACACCUGAUGCACCAAAGCUCAUCCAACCCGCCGAGAAGCCACCAACCAAAAAAGCAAAAUCUUCAGCAAAUCAUGCUGCUGCUGCUUCUUCUUCUUCUGACCGCCGCCCUUACACAUGCCCUUAUGAAGGGUGUGACAAAGCCUACAUUCAUGAAUACAAGCUGAAUCUUCAUCUGAGGAAAGAACACCCCACUCAUUUCAUGGACGAAGAUGCUGCUAAGAAUCCCCAACUUACCCCUGAAGAACAGAGGAGCACAAAACGCAAAACCGUUAAGGCCCAUAAACAAAACGGCCCAAACCUGACCUUGCCACCCCCUGUAAAAGCUCAGCGCCAGAGUGCCACCUCUUCUCCAGCCUCAUAUCUCAAUUUGGUGAAGCAGCCAUGGCGGGCUUUUCGUGAUGAUGAUGAAGAUAGUGAAGAAACUGAGGAAAAGUUUGGGGAUGGAGAGAAUGAGGAGGACGAUGAUGAUGAAGAGACAGAAAUGGAAGAUUAGGGCCUGCGCCAGAAUGGUUGGUUCAUGGCAUCUUGCAUUUACUGUAAACAUAUUGGCAUCACAGUUAGAGAGAGUAUAGCAUAGCAGAAUUAUAUUUGUACAGCAUUCAACAGUUUCUUUAUUACUGAGUCAUUCAAAAAAAUGUAGGAGGUAAUAAGUUAACAAAGAAAGGAGAUGUUUUUUUUUUCUUUUUACAAUUGUUUGCCAACUUAUUUUAAUUCU